AUGCACUUCUCUCUCGCCUCCGUCCUCCUCGCCCUCGCGGCCACAGUCAGCACGGCGCCCGCCGACCUCGAGCGCCGUGCCGCUGCCACCUGCGGUAGCCAGUACUACUCGGCUGCUCAGGUCAACGCCGCCUCCGUGGCCGCCUGCAACCACUUCCGCCGCGGCAGCAUGGCGGGCAGCUCAAGCUACCCGCACCGCUACAACAACUACGAGGGCUUUAACUUCCAGGGCCUGGACGGACCCUACCAGGAGUUCCCCAUCCUGCCGAGCGGCAUCUACACUGGAGGAUCCCCUGGACCUGACCGCGUUGUCAUCACCGAGGCUUCGUGCCGCCAGGCUGGCACUAUCACCCACACUGGCGCGAGCGGGAAUAACUUUGUUGCAUGCUCUGCCACGCCUGCAGCGCCGUUCAACGUAAAGGAAGCGCUGCUCGACGACAUCACGGCCCCGGGUUCCUUUGCUGGAUCCGCACGCAUCACCGUUACGCCGCCUGUGGACGUCCAUGUCCACGGUAUAGGACCCAUCUCUCUGCCUUGGACGAGGACAAGGCACGACAGAUCAUCAGCGUCUGCCAUCAGGCGCCGUACGGGAAUGGAACCCAUCAAGGCAGAGCUGUACAAGAUGCUCAUCUACAGCCAGGGUGCCAUGUUCAAGCCACAUACCGACCUACCCUCCCCGCACACCGGAGGCGAGGUCAUCGUCAAGCACUGCGGCAAACCGUCCUCCUACAAGACGUCGGAGAUGGCACAGUCGUUAAUUACUUGGUACUCGGAUGUCAUUCAUGAGCUGCGCCCUGUCACGUCCGGCCAUCGUUGGGUACUGACGUACAAUCUCGCGCUCGCUGAAGAACCCAAUCCUGAGAAACCGCUCCUCACCGCCGGCCUCAUCCAAGAGGGGCAUGCGCCGGCGGCCCAACGACUGCGCGAGACGACUACGCGCUGGCUUGACGGCCCCAGAAACAGCCGCUACAUAUACCACGUCCUUGACCACGACUAUACCGAGGCCCAGUAUUCCCUCAAGGCACUGAAAUCGGUUGAUCGCGCUCGUACGAGCGCCCUGAAGCAGGCCUGUGAAGAUCUCCCCGUCGAUCUGUUCCUGGCCUUGCUAGAGAAGGAAGAGAUGGGCAGCGUUGAAUUCCUUGGUCACGACCGUCGCCGUCGCAGGUAUUACGAUGACGAGCUCGAGGAGCUGGACGAUGGAGCCGGCCCGCACGCACUUCAAGAUAUUUCCGACACGCAGUAUCGCGUCAAGACACUGUUCGAUUUCGACGGAACUCUGGUAUCCGAGCGUCUUGGUCUCAGCAAUAACGACCUCACCACGCCGGACAUAUGGUAUGAUGUGCAUGACUGUGAGGAGGCUUACGAGGGCUACAUGGGCAACUCUGGGCCGUCCGCAAUCCACUGGUACCACAUCUCGGCCAUAGCCAUCGUUCCUCGCGACUCAUUAGUGGCUUACUUUCUGAAUUAUGAUCCGUCUAGAGACGACAUACGGAACAUGAACCUUCGCAUUGAGUACUUUGCCCGCAGCGUGCUCCUAGGCGGAGCGAGCGCGUCAAUCUUGGACACAUUGAUGGAUUUCUGCUACGAUGCUCGGAGCCGCGCGCCUGCGCUAAGCCGCUCGCGCAUGAUGCCACAGUUCGCACAGCUAGACGGCGACGUCAUCAGCAGCGUCCUCAAGGUUGCCCUUCAGCAUGAUCGCCACCCGUUCUUUCUCAACGCUGUGAACAGCGUGGAAGGCGACCUGGCACCUGAGUUUUUCGAUUGGGUCCGCCAGUGGUUAAGCACCGGGAAUGCCUCCUCACGAUUCGAGCGUAUCAAAAAGGAACUGAAAACGAUGAUUGAUUCUUAUCCACGUUUUGCGUCCCGCCAUGCCGCCAUCACGAAACUAGUGGCAGACGCGACAUUAGCACCCCCUGCUAUCCUCGCCUGGGCGAGAGAAACACUCGCUAUGUUCAUCUACAAAGCCUGGAGCAGUCCAGACGAUGAACGAUUCGCCAUGCCGACAGCCCGGAUCAUGGCAUUCGCCCUUGCCUUCAUGGCCCGCCUGAGCGAGCUGCGCGUGGCCGGCACAAUGCCCGAGGCAGAAAGCAUGGAGCUAUACGCCAAGCUCGCUGACCGCAUGGUCAAUCAGUCAGACACAUUCACAGCAUUAAAAUCCAGGAGCCAGGCUACGACCAAGCGAAUCGGCAUGGACACGAUCAUCGACCCGGAAGAUCUGGCGCGCCUCUUCUCAGGGGCUGUGGCGGCUAGCAUAUUUAACGGGUCCCGCCACGUUGUCUCUUCUCUUGUCGCCAAGAUCACCCGCGAGGCGCCCUUUCACCCCCCUAUCGAGCUGUACGGUCUUUGGAUCCCCAGGUUGGCGUUGCUGCCACCGAUUCUCCAGACGGAGGGCAUACCCGUGAAAGAUCCGCCUUAUCAGCAGCUCUACCAGGCUCUGAUGGUCGCGGCCGUGGACAAAUUCGUCGGCGAACCACCAUCAAGCUCCAACGACUUGCCGACGUGUCUGCGGGAUACCCUGCUCGACCAGUACGAUGACAUCGUCAAGAUGCGUAGAUUGCUUACUAUGCCUACAAAGUCAAGCCACCGGCCGCCUCCCGCGACGCCUGGGCCGGCGGCCGUCAACUAUGAUACGCCAGCGGGGAGCCAGAUCGCGGGGACGAAGAGAAAGACGCACCUUACGGCCGAAGACGAGGUUGUUGAUCUGUUGAGCGAUUAG